GCUACAAAACCAAAAGUGCAGAGCGCAGGAAUGGCAAGUGACAGAGGAAACAAGCCGGUAAAGAGAGAAGGCACAUACGUGUACAGUAUCGUCCCACCGGCGUCUCUGAAAAAUGCGAUCUCCAAGGGGUGGGGGUCGCUCGUACGAUCGAAAACUUACCGUGAGAGUAGUGAUGAUGGAGAGAAGAGGAGAGAGGAAGCAGCUACGGAAUCGAGAAAAUCGGUGUCGAUUGUGCAGGAGAGGAGAUCGGUUUCGUCAGAGAUGGAAGCCAAUGCGACGGGAUCGGCAGCCGAAUUACUUCAAGUGAGGGUGUUAGCGAGCGACAUGCCGGCGCUCAUGCAGGUGCACGCCUUCCGCUGUGCUAGAACUAGUUUCGAAAGCUUACGAAACUUUAGCUCCAAGCAAAUGGCCUAUAAUAUCAAGACGGAAUUUGAUAAGGUGUAUGGACCGGCGUGGCAUUGCAUUGUGGGUUCAAGCUUUGGAUCAUUCGUAACCCAUUCCACCGGCUGCUUCCUCUAUUUCUCGAUGGAAAAGCUGUACGUUUUGGUGUUCAAGACCAGAGUUCAAAGGGCGCUCCUUCAUCAAACCUAGCAUCCAGCCACACAUGUCUCCAAUGGUUAAAAUUUGUGUGGUUUCCUACACUGUAGAUUGCAUUGUAUUUUAUAUAGAUAAAUCAAAAACGUUAUUUAUGUUGGUAGCACUAAUAAUAGGGCUUGAUUCAUCAUAUUAGUAUUAACGAAAAGAGCAAAUCAAGGACGAGGUGGAUAAGUGAGAAAGUGCAUUUACUCGCUGGUGGGAACCCUCAUGUGCAGAUGAUGAUGUCAUUACUGUAUGAUGUAUUAUUUCACUUGACUCUUCAAGAUUUUAAAUAGCAAUUUCUCAUGUUGGGUA